AUGGAGGUUGAAGUGAUCAGCAGAUCAGGGAAAGACCUAGGCAAAUUUUCUAUCACAGACAAGCUCACAGUUAAAGAUUUCAAGAAAAUGUUCAAUCAGAAACGUAAUUCAUAGUCAGAUAAACAAUGGUCUCCAGAAAGACAAAAAUUCACUAUUAAAACACCAACAGGAGCAGCUCUUUAUGAAGAAGAAAAAACUUUAGUUGAAUAUCUUAAAGGAGAUAAAGUUCUUGUUUUUAGAGAUCUUGGAACACAACUGAGCUGGAGAUUUGUGUAUAUGGUAGAAUAUGCUGGACCAUUGUUUAUAUGCCCUGCCCUUUAUUGCUUGCCUCACCUUUUCUAUGGAGAAGAAGCUGCCAAAACAAUUACACAAAAAAUCUGUUUCUGGCUCAUCAUGGGCCAUUUUUUGAAGCGUGAACUAGAGUCAUUAUUUGUCCAUCGCUUUUCUAAUGCAACGAUGCCACUUAAAAACUUAUUUGUGAAUUGCACUUAUUACUGGAUAUUAAACGGCGCUUUUAUUGGGUAUUUCUUAUUCCAUCCUAAAUAUACUGAUCCUAACUUUUCAGCAGCAACACUUGGAGCCUUGCUGGUAGUUUUUCUUGGAUCUGAAUUUAUGAACUUUUUAUGUCAUAUGGUGCUGAGAAAUCUAAGACCUGCAGGAACUAAAACAAGAGGAAUUCCAAAAGGAUGCGGAUUUGACUUAGUCUUAAGUUAUUUAUAACGUUUUACGUCCACUACGGGGUAGCCUUGUCCAGAGCUUCCACUAUAUAUUUGUCCACUUGUCGGGUUAUGGAUCUCUGGACCGAUCCACUUUGAUUCGCUAGGGCAUGGGCAAAUACAGCGUUCUGGCUUCGACGGGGGAUUUGACUUAGUCAGCUGUGCUAAUUACUUCUGGGAAGUAAUUUCAUGGGCUAGCUUCGCGGUGUUGUCAGCAUGCCUUCCAGCUUAUGUUUUCUUGCUAGCGACUAUUUAUAUUCUUUCUAAUUGGGCAUCUUUGAGACAUAGAAAGUAUAAAAAAGAGUUUGACGGAAAGGAAGGAAAAUUGCUUUAUCCAAGAUCAAGAAAAGCUUUAUUCCCAUUCAUAUUUUAA